AUGUCACCUCGCGCGCCCGAGCUCCCGCCCUAUGAGCGCCCGACCAUUGCGCGCAAUGCAUCCUCACAGUCCAAAGUCUCGGUGCCGUCCAUAUCGCAGUCCAACGAGGCAGACGAUGAGCAAAGCCUCUCUUCCGACCAGAGCCUCGACAUGGAGUCCCACGACUCGCAGCCCCACUACGAGGGCGAAGACACCCGGUUGACCAGCGACAAGGAGCUCCGCGGCUUUUACAUGUAUGGAUGGGCUGCCGAGGUCUUUGUUGUUUGCGGUAUUGGGUCUUUCAUACCUGUAACGCUCGAGCAGCUCGCGCGCGAGAAUGGCGUCUUACUGUCCGAUCCUUCCACACCGUGCAAAGCCACGAAGCCUACCGUCCAUCCCGGCCCAUCAUUCUCCACCAACGCCGUAGAGGCUCUGUUCAAACCGAAUCCUGAAAAGGGACAAUGCGUCGUUCAUAUCCUCGGUAUCGAGAUCAACACUGCGAGCUUCGCCAUGUACACUUUCAGCAUAUCGGUUCUCAUACAAGCUCUGCUGAUCAUUAGCAUGAGCGGCGCAGCGGAUCAUGGGAGGUUCAGGAAGACCUUCCUCCUAUGGUUCGCAUUUAUUGGAAGCAUCGCGACCAUGCUUUUCCUACCAGUGGUACCCAAGGUGUAUCUGCUAGGCGCAGUGCUGGCAAUCAUUUCAAACACAUGCUUUGGUGCCAGUUUCGUACUAUUGAACAGCUUCCUACCGCUAAUGGUGCGCUUCCACCCUACGGUCAAGUACGCCGACUCCAUCGCCGACGAAUCGUACGCAGACGAGGAAGACGAGGCGGAAACAGAAGAAGACGACGAGAGAGGAGGUGAAACUCCAACGCAGGAGAAUAUUAUACGAGGAGCGCAAUACGCAAACCAGCUUGGACAAAGAGAAGGCCUUCUUGACGAAGUCGCUGAUGCGACAACCGCACUGUUGCCGAGUAACCUUUCAGCCGCCGAUCUGACAAUUCCGAGGGCAAGAAGCAGGUCCGCUCCUUCAGUGGAACUCGCUCUUGCAACCAAGAUCUCAUCCUACGGUAUUGCGAUCGGUUACAUUGCUGCUUUGCUUGUGCAGACUAUCGGUAUUCUCAUCGUCAUCGCGUUCCAAUCCUCCAACUUUGGCCUCCGCCUGGUCCUCUUCGUCAUCGGUGCGUGGUGGUUUGUCUUCACACUACCGACAGCGCGCUGGCUGCGUCCCCGUCCAGGACCGCCUCUGCAUAUCGGUGCGCAAACCUCCAACUUUGGCACUGCCCUCGCGUACUUUGCAUACUCGUGGAAAUCCCUUGGCCGUACAGCGACCCACGCGCGACAUCUCAAGGAUGUACUACUCUUCCUCGCAGCAUGGUUCCUGCUUUCGGACAGCAUUGCCACUGUAUCCGGUACAGCAGUGCUCUUCGCAAAGACAACCCUGGGCAUGUCAUACGCCAUGCUCGCCCUAAUAAACGUCAUCGCAACAGUCUUCGGCGUUCUGGGCGCCUUCCUGUGGUCACGGCUGUCUGCUUUCUUCCGCCUGUCGCCAACACAAACAAUCCUACUCUGCAUCAUGCUCUUUGAAGUAAUUCCAAUCUAUGGUCUUCUAGGGUACAUACCAGCAGUCCAGCGGUUAGGAUACCUGGGUUUGCAGCAGCAGUGGGAGAUGUACCCUCUAGGUGCAGUCUACGGCUUCGUCCUUGGUGGUCUCAGCAGUUACUGCCGUGCGCUAUUCGGCGAACUCAUCCCUCCUGGCUACGAAGCCGCCUUCUACGCUCUAUACGCCAUUACAGAUAAAGGCAGCAGUGUCUUCGGUCCCGCUAUUGUAGGCGCCAUCACCGAUGCUUAUGGCGAGAUUAGACCGGCUUUCUGGUUUCUAGCUAUCCUGGUCGGCCUCCCCUUCCCCAUCAUGAUGCUCGUCGACGUAGACCGUGGCCGUACCGAAGGCGCCGCCCUCGCCAAAACCCUCGAAGAAUUGGCGCGUGCUCAGGAUCCCAGCCACAUCGACGCCGACGAUAAUUUGUCGCAGGAGAUCAGAGAUGACCUCCGUAGCUCGUUUUCCUAUCAGCGCUCUUGA